AUGCGCGACAAAAGAAAAACCCCCUUUUUAAUAGACGGUUUCAAGUUUGACCUACGACUAUACGUACUGGUAACGUCGAUAGUGCCGCUGAGAGUGUUCAUGUUCAAGGACGGCUUGGCGCGAUUCACUACACAGCCUUACCGAGAGCCCACAGCGGCAAACGUGGGAAACGUUUUUAUGCAUCUUACCAACUACGCCAUCCAGAAGCAUUCCAAUAAUUUUGUUCGUGAGGACGAAGAGGCUGGUACCAAGCGGCGUAUCACCACCGUCAACUGCUGGCUCAUUGAGCACGGCUACGACGUCGAUAAGAUCUGGCACGACAUUGACGACGUGAUCCUCAAGGUACUGAUGUCAGGCUUACCCGUGUUAAGGCACAACUACAGGACCUGCUUUCCCAACCACAUCGAGACAUCCGCAUGCUUUGAAAUCCUCGGUUUCGACAUCAUGCUUGAUCGUAAAAUGCGACCAUAUGUCAUUGAAGUGAAUCAUUCGCCGAGCUUUCAUACGGACAGUCAAUUGGACAAGGAGAUUAAGGAGGCUCUCAUCUGGGACACUCUGAAGCUAGCCAAUUUUGAAGCAGUUGAUAGGAAGAAGUGUAUCGAGGAGGACAAACGGCGCAUUCGACAACGAUUGUUGAGACGGAACUUUGGGAAGGCCUCCCGGGAAGACGUGAAUGCGGAAAUGGAGAGGUGGGCCGCCAAAGCUCUAGAGUACGAGAAUGAGCACUUGGGGAACUUUCGUCGAAUCUACCCCUCCAAAAACAACGAACAGUAUGAAAAAUUUAUCAACAGCACUACCACUCUCUUCACCGAGACUGCUACCUUCAAGGCACGCAUGCAACACUCCAGACAGUUGCGCGAGGAGAUUCGCGAACGAAGAGACAGGUUAGAAUCCAUUUUUAGGCCCCGACAAAAUCGCUUGCGACCAGAGAGUCCGGGACGGACACUGACAGUGAGUGGGAUACGUCGACGCACCUCGAAAAGCCGAGGGGGAACGUUGGGGGCCAUGGAAAGGACACAAGGAGACCUUAUGGGGUCCUCUCCGCGUGGUGAGUCGAGGAGAGAUGUUUCGCCACAGCAUCCGCAAGUGACACCGCCUCCACUCCUCAACUCCCUCAAGGCUACGCGCAUUGACGAGGCGGAGGAGCACGAGCGCUGCCUAGCCAUGGAGAAACGUGCUGUGUUACUCCGCAGUCUUGGAGUGGUAGAUGCCGUAUACAGACUCCUCUCCGGUAGUCCCGGCGUCGAGCCCUCCAGUGGGCUGCCUAAAAAGAUGAUCAUCACAGAGCGCGAAAAAACACGCCAACAGUCAUUGGCUAAGCCCAUUGAGAUUAUACUUCCUCAGUUUCCAAAUUCCUCAGCGAGUAACGAGCACUCUCAACAUCUUAUUCCAUUGUCUACAAAUUUGCGAAUAGAUGUACAAUCCUCAAGGGAAAAUCGGAAACCUGGACUGCGUCUGAGGGUUCGACAAUCGAACAAUUCGCGCUCUAAUGUUCCAAGCAAACCAAUGCGUCGUGCCAUUCCCAUCAGCUUGAGCGAGCUAGUGAUGCCACGUAACCUUCCAAUUCUGGGGAAGGGUUGCGUACAUCCAAAGUUGGAGCGCGAGUGCCUAUUAGAGGUUCAGGAAAGCGCCGAGGAUCACCUUGAUACCCUACCUCCAGGGGUAGCGCUCUCCUCUCUCGGCCUGCACCUCCGCGAUGCACUCUACCCUCUGCCAUCCCAUACAUCUCAGUUACCAUUGCGACCGCCAUCAUCAUUCUCCAUGCUCUCUGGGGAACCAGCAGUGGGGGCGCGAAUGCGCAACACUACUCGCUGUGAGGUAACGCACCCCGGUGUCGCACGUUCCUCCGUUGUAUCUGCUGCCGCCUCCUCUGCCCUCACUCAGUGGACCAAACAAUCCCGACCUGGAGCCUUCUUUCCCUACGGCGCCACACAGUCGCAACAUCAAGCCUUCUUCUCUGUCAACAGUCAAAACUCACCCGUAUUCGGAGAAGGCCUGUGCUUGAAUGGAGGUGACAAAGUUUAUUCGAAUUUCUAUUGCGAUACAAAUGUUUAUACAAUUGUACUAUCAUUAGUACCUACAGUUCCGAAUGGUGCGUUGUCGUCUAUUCGAUAUAAAGUUCGUCAAAAAAUUGAGUUAUAG